GCUGUCACCGACAGGAAGUUCAGGGAUAUUUCAGUGCUGCAGUGUGACUCAGACAGAGAAGAUUAAUUCGCAUGGCUAUGACAAUGACUUAUACAGUAUUUGAGGUAAGCUCUAAGGCGGAGUCUGAUGACGAUAACUGGACCAACUGCACCUGGUCCGACUGCACCGGGCCCGACUGCAACUGGACCGACUGCAACUGGACCGACGGCACCGGGCCCGACUGCAUCUGUGACUACACCGCGUCUCUGCACAGCUUUUACACCGUGUUCCUGCCGGUGCUUUACAGCGUCAUCUUCCUGCUGGGUGUGGCGGGGAACGGCCUGAUGAUAACGGUCCUGCUGACACGGUGCCGCCGGCUGCGCAUCACUGAGAUCUACCUGCUGCACCUGGCCAUGGCUGACCUCAUGCUUCUGUUUACAAUUCCUUUCAAUGUGGCUGACAGCGCCACCGGCUGGGUGUUUGGGGUAUUUGUGUGCAAGCUGAACGAGCUCCUGAAGAGCCUGAACCUCAUUUGUGGCAGCUUCCUGUUAGCGUGCAUUGGGUUUGAUCGGUAUUUGGCGAUCGUUCACGCAGUUCCCAGCAUGCAGAGCCGCUUUCCAAGAACAGUGCACCUGACGUGCGCGGCGCUGUGGCUCAUCUGUCUGGCUUUAGCCUUACCGAACGCAGUGUUUGCUACAGUGACGCAGAAAGAUCAGAGCUCAGACACCCUCAUCUGUUACUACCACAACUUCGGCAUUCAUGCACACAACUGGGUUUUGACCAGCAAUGUGUUACAUCACGUCUGCUUUUUCAUCCCUCUGGCGAUCAUGAGCUUCUGCUACACAAUGCUAAUAUUCACCCUGUGCAAGAGCCAGAAAAGCGAGGCGAAAAAGGGAGCCAUCCGAAUAGCUUUGCUCGUCACGCUUGUGUUUUGUUUCUGUUGGCUACCGUUUAACAUCAGCCUGAUGGUACAGACCCUGAGGGAACUGGAGGUGAUCGCGGAAGACUGUGAAUCUGGAAAAAUAAUGCUGCAGGCGCUCGAAGUGACAAAGAGCCUGGGGAUCACGCACUGCUGCCUGAACCCUUUCCUGUACGCCUUUGUCGGGGUGCGCUUUCGAAAUGAGAUGAUCCAGCUGCUCUGCAAGCUGGGCUGCAGUCGGAUCUGCCUGCCUCUCCUCAGAGUCCACCGUCACAGCCGCACAUCCACCUCUGACGGAGCAACCACCAACAGCUUAGUGCUCAUUUAACACAGUGUCCAUACGAUGGGAGUGAGCGCCCCUCCUCUGUACAGCAUCCUCAUGAUAUAGUACUCACUGCUGCUUUAACUGCAUUGUUUUUUUAUUUACUCAGUCAACAAAAAUCAGCCUUGUGUUGUUCUGUAGCUACAAUUCAAUAAAGUUUUUAUCUUUC